UCCACUGUGCUUCAAUUGUCGGCUCUGUACUAGGCAAUAUGGCGAGUGUCUGUACUGCGUCGCGACUCCUUUCCAAGAGCGUCCUAACGUUAUCUAAAACAAAAGCAGUCCCUGCUGCUGCAUUUCAGAGUUCCAGGAAUUUUCACUUCUCCAUCUACGGCAAGAAGAAAAAUGCCCAAGUGUCAGAUGAUAUCUCUACUCAGUACUCAGUUGUGGAUCAUGAGUUUGAUGCAGUCGUGGUAGGAGCUGGAGGAGCAGGACUUAGAGCAGCUUUUGGCCUGUCAGAGGCUGGCUUUAACACUGCCUGCGUCACCAAGCUCUUCCCCACCAGGUCUCACACUGUUGCUGCACAGGGUGGAAUUAAUGCAGCUCUGGGAAACAUGGAGAGUGAUGACUGGCGGUGGCAUUUCUAUGACACAGUGAAGGGAUCUGACUGGCUGGGGGACCAGGAUGCUAUCCACUAUAUGACAGAGCAGGCUCCUGCUGCUGUAGUGGAGCUGGAGAAUUUUGGCAUGCCAUUCAGCCGCACUGAAGAUGGGAAGAUCUACCAGAGAGCCUUUGGAGGUCAGAGUCUCAAGUACGGAAAAGGAGGCCAGGCUCACCGUUGCUGCUGUGUAGCAGACAGGACAGGACACUCUCUACUGCACACACUUUAUGGACGGUCGCUUCGUUAUGACACCACUUACUUUGUGGAGUACUUUGCCCUGGAUCUACUGAUGGAAAAUGGAGAGUGUAAAGGAGUGAUUGCUCUCUGCAUGGAGGAUGGAUCUAUUCACCGCUUCCGAGCCCAGAAUACUGUCAUUGCUACUGGGGGUUACGGAAGGACCUUUUUCAGCUGUACAUCUGCCCACACUACUACAGGAGAUGGAAAUGCAAUGGUGACCAGAGCUGGGCUGCCCUGCCAGGAUUUGGAGUUUAUACAGUUCCAUCCCACUGGGAUCUAUGGAGCUGGUUGCCUGAUCACAGAGGGUUGCCGUGGUGAGGGAGGGAUCCUGUUAAACAGUGAGGGAGAGCGUUUCAUGGAGCGUUAUGCACCCAAUGCCAAAGACCUGGCCUCCAGAGACGUGGUGUCCCGCUCCAUGACCAUAGAGAUCAGAGAGGGCAGGGGUGUUGGGCCAGAGAAGGAUCAUGUGUACCUGCAGCUUCACCACCUGCCUCCUCAGCAGCUGGCCACACGGCUGCCUGGUAUCUCGGAGACGGCCAUGAUCUUUGCUGGAGUUGACGUCACUAAAGAGCCCAUCCCAGUCCUGCCCACUGUUCAUUACAAUAUGGGUGGAAUACCCACAAACUACAAAGGACAGGUGAUCACACACAGCAACGGAGAGGACAAGGUGGUUCCUGGACUGUACGCGUGCGGCGAGGCAGCCUGUGCCAGCGUCCAUGGUGCUAACAGGCUGGGCGCCAACUCUCUGCUGGACCUGGUGGUGUUUGGCAGAGCCUGUGCCCUCACCAUCGCACAGGAACACACACCUGGAGAGAAACUGUCCCCUCUGAAGCCCAGUGCAGGGGAGGAGUCUGUGGCCAACCUGGACACACUGAGGUUUGCCAACGGGAACCUGAGAACCUCUGAGAUCAGGCUUAACAUGCAGAAGACCAUGCAGGCCCACGCAGCAGUGUUCCGUACCGGCCCUGUUCUGAAGGAGGGGUGCGACAAGGUGGAUGCUAUUUACCAGACUCUGGAUGAUAUUAAGACCUUUGACAGAGGCAUUGUGUGGAACACAGACCUGGUGGAAACUUUGGAGCUGCAGAAUCUGAUGCUGAAUGCCAUCCAGGCCAUCCACUCGGCUGAGCAGAGAAAGGAAAGCAGGGGAGCCCACGCCAGAGAGGAUUACAAGGAACGUAUUGAUGAGUACGACUACUCUAAGCCUCUACAGGGUCAGGAGAAGAGGCCCUUUGAUCAGCACUGGAGGAAACACACUCUCUCCUAUGUUGACCCCAAGACUGGCAAGGUGACCCUGAAAUAUCGCCCCGUUAUUGACUCCUCUCUGGAUGAGCAGGACUGCGCCCACAUCCCUCCUGCCAUACGCUCCUACUAAAAUCUCCUCUCCUCCCUCUCACCCCUCCUCUUAUGUUCACCUCACUCAGUUAGUGAAUGCUUCUUUAAAUAUUACUUAAGACUACAUGAUCUGUAACAGAGAUGACAUUUUGGUGCAAAUCAUCCAUUGCACAUUUGUAUUCAUUUAGAAAAGUUCAAACAUAAUUGUGGUUUAUUUCAGCCUUGCAUUUUGUGUGUAAAUGUGGCUAGUGCGGCUCUAAUUAUGCAAAUUUUGCAUCGCCACCUCUGUUCUAGAGAUACAGGGAAAUGAGAACUCCCUCAAAAUAGCGUACAGUAUACAGCAGCAACCAGCCUCCUGCAGCUUUCUAAAGUCAACUUAAUUUUCAUGUGAUUUCAAACACAAGUAAACUUACGAAGUAGCUGUCUGGAAUAACCGUUUCUAGAGAUCUGGGCUAACUUGCCAGCUGGCUUUGCAUAUGCAUCCACACAUGCUGGUUUGUUUGCAUGUGUGAGGCUUAUGUCCACUCCAGUUAUACUGUCUUCUGAGGAAAAUGUAAAAGCAAAGUGCAACACCUGAUUAUCUUGUGGUCCAUUAUGAGGGUUAGUCAUUGUACUUUGGCUGUUAGCUGUGGUAUCUGAGGAGGAGCUAAAUUAAAUGGAAGACAGACAAAGGAUGGAGACAGAGAGAGAAAGUCAGCGAGACUGCUGUGAAAGACACCACAUCUAAAGAAACUGGCGAACUCAUGGCCACUGCUCUCCACACCCAACUGAGAAGAAAAACCUUUACUGCUUGAGGUAGUGAGUGCAAAGUAGACAUGACCCACCCAACCACAAAUAGCCCUGUUUUGGGGAAAUAUGAUAGUUUGAAAUAAACUAGAAUUAUCCUUCAAAUAUAAUACUGUCUCACUGGCUUCAUACCCGUUUGUCAUCUUCCUUUUCAUCUCCCCUAUGUGCGUUUUGCCUUGAUUGUAUCUGCAGCAGGCAGAUUGCAACAGAAUAUCAUGACCUCUCAUACUGUGUGUGUGUGUGUGUGUGUGUGUGUGUGUGCAAGUGGCCAACUGCUACUUCAGCCUCCAGCUUAGGGAUAACAUAAAGAGAAUGACACAUUUAUUUAAGCAACCUUUUGUGAUGACACAGCACUUUCAUUUCCUAGUCUUGCCCUUCAUUAAAUGUUUCUUUUAAAACAACUGUCCUUUGGCUUUCUGAAGUGAAGAAAUAGUGGAAGCGAUUGUAAUUUCAAGUUCGCAUGCCACUGCCAUGCCGCACGGGGAUGUUUUAAGUAGCUAUGUAAAUAUUGCAUAAAUAUACAAUAAUCCAAGUCAUACUGUAUGUAGUCGUCACAGUAUGAGGUCCUUUCUCACUCAGUGUUCUUCAGCCUUUGAUAGUAUUACUGCUUGUGAGACUUCAUACAGUAUGUUUGAGGUUUCAGUUACAACAUAUCUCCUGUUCAGUACAUAAUCAGCUGUUAGACUUUAU